AUGAAAGGAAAUACAAUAAAAUGGAGGUCCUUCAAUCUGGAAUCUGAAGGGAAUAAACGUCCACUGAAUUGUAAAACAUUGCUCACUGAUGGUCAUACUUUGUCUAAUGUUUACACUAUAUAUCCCCGUGACAACCAAUGGUCAGUAUACGUCCAGUGUGAUAUGACCACCAAGGGUGGAGGAUGGACGGUUAUACAGAGGCGCGUUGAUGGAUCAACCGAUUUUGACAGAACUUGGCAGGAGUACAAGGAGGGAUUUGGUUCUGUUAAUUCAUCUUAUUGGUUGGGAAAUGACGUCAUUCAUCUAUUAACCAAAAACAGUUCGUCUCUGUACGUGUCUAUAACUCUGAACAAUGGAACCACUCUAUAUCAACAGUACGAGGAGUUCUACAUAACCGACGAGACAGACAAGUACAGACUUUACCUGAAUGGACCGACCACAGGAACACUAGGUGACGGAAUGUUAGACACAGGGGAUUCUACUAAAGAUCUGUCUGGGAUGUACUUCACCACCCUAGACAGGGAUAACGACAGAGCUAGUGGUAACUGUGCUGGCUGGGGAGGAGGCUGGUGGUUUAACUUCUGCCAUAACGCCUUCCUGAACGGCCCCUGGUACCCGGGACACUGGAUCGAUCCGUGGUCUCCCACAGUGAGGGAUGUUGGCCUUAUAAAAAGUUUGCAGGGAUUCAAACUUCAUAACUUUUCCAAUGUACCCGAACAGCAAAGCUGUACAAGUAUACCACAGCAGUGGCAUGUGCCCAGGGGUUCUAAAAUUAAGCCUAUUCCAAUCAACCAUUUAGUGGUGGCAAGGCCCACAGAAUCCCGAAAACGAAAACCUGUCACAUGUCAGAUUGACUUAGAUCAAGAGUAUGUGAAAUCCUAG